AUGUGCGGCUACAACCUUCGCUUCAAGGGCGCGUGGGUCACUGUCGUGUACGAUCCCAGCACGCGGGCACAGACAACGGAGUCGGUGACGAGUUUGGAGCACAGCAUGUAUGACAACUCAGGCGUGUUCCAGGUGACGUUUGACACGCUGGAGGAGGAGAUCCGCGAGAUCAGGGACCAGCUCAACGGCAAGCAGAAGACGGGAGCCAAGCCAGCGGGCCCAGUCCCCCCCGUGGUGCAACUGGCGAAGCUCAAGGUGCAGGCGGUGGGGAAGCUGCUGGAGCCGCUGAAAGCGCGGGUGCAGCGCGGUGAAGAGCGGUUGAAGGCGGUGCAGGAGAGGGUUGACGUGGUGGAGAAGGAACUGGCGGAUAGCACGGAGGUGCUGCAGCAGCUUCAAGUGGAGGUGACCACUGGUGGGGGGAAAGUGCAUUCUCUCCCUCCUCCCCCCUCACAUUCACUCACGCUAGACCCAGCAGCAGCAGGAAUUGCAGCUGCAGAAGGUCCGGUCGGCAACCACAGCACUUGUGAGUCGACUCAAGAGGUGACUUUUGAGUCGACUCAAGAGGUGACUUUUGAGUCGACUCAAAAGGCAGCAGCAGGAAUUGCAGCUGCUGAAGAGCCAACCGAACCUGCAGCAGUGGUUGUUCCAGGUCCCUCUGAAACUCCUGGCCCUGCUGCUGGUACUGUUGUGCCAGCACAAGGUGGGGCGGAGAAUGCUGCUUCUGCUUCUGCUGCUGCUGCUGCUGCUGCUGCGAUGGGAGGGAAGGGUGGAGGGAAGGAGGGCGAGGAGGAGGCGGAGGGGGAGGGGGAGGAGGGGGAGGGGAAGGAUGAUGCUGACUUGGGUCCUCCAGAGGAUUACCCUGGGGAAGGGGAAGUUGAGGAGGAGGGAGAAGAGGAGGGAAAGGAGGAGGAGGAGGGAGAGGAGGAGGGAAAGGAGGGGGAGAAGGGAGGGGAGGAGGGAGGACAGAAGGGAGGAGAGGUUGAAGCAGGGGAGGCAGAGGUUGGGAAGAAGAGUGCUGGGACUGCAGGGGAGACAGAGGCGGGAGGUGAGGAGGAGGAGGGCGAGGAGGGGGAGGGGGAGGAGGCGGAGGCAGGGGAGGAAGGGGAGGAGGGGGAGGAGGAGGGGGAGGAUGAGCCACCUGCAACGCCGGGGGGGAUAGAUGUGGCAGAGGUGCAACAGUGCGGCGAUGAGGUUCUCGACCUGCCACCAGAGGCCAAGGCAUGGAAGCAGCGUUCUCUUGUGCAGAUCACACCAGACCUGCAGCUAUUCAGUGCAUACCGCUACAAUCCGCACACCAUAGCACUCGUGGGCCUGCUCUCUCCCGCCAUGCCCACUCUCCCUCUCGACAACUGCUACUUCCGCCAGUCAGACGGCUCCCAGCCCAUCGCAGGCUCGCUGCUGCGCCUGCAGGUGGAGAACACCUCGGCAGUGGUGCUGAGAUUUGAGGGCGACACUGCCAUUCCCCCCUGUGGGGGUUACCUUGAGUGCACUGCUGCUGCUGCUGAGGGUGCCGCUGCUGCUGGUGGGGCGAAAGUGGUUGUGUACACUGAAGGCCGAGGGGAUCUCUCCACCCCGCCCUCACCCCUCCCCACGCCCCUCACCAUCUGCUCGCUGCUCAUAACAAACGGCGUGUCGCCGCCGCGCCUGCGCGAGUGGCUGGACUACCACCGGGUGGCGGCGGGGGCAGCGAGCUUUGUCCUGUACCGGCACAGCAAGAGCCACUGGCCGACAGAGCUGCGGCAGGCCGUGGGAGACUAUGAGGAGAUGGGGAUGGCGGAGGUGACAGAUAUUGUUGGGGCAGAGAAGGAGCAGGAGAAGGCACAGCAAGAGGCACAGCAAGAGGCACAGCAAGAGGCACAGCAAGAGGCACAGCAAGAGGCACAGCAAGAGGCACAGCAAGAGGCACAGCAAGAGGCACAGCAAGAGGCACAGCAAGAGGCACAGCAAGAGGCACAGCAAGAGGCACAGCAAGAGGCACAGCAAGAGGCACAGCAAGAGGCACAGCAAGAGGCACAGCAAGAGGCACAGCAAGAGGCACAGCAAGAGGCACAGCAAGAGGCACAGCAAGAGGCACAGCAAGAGGCACAGCAAGAGGCACAGCAAGAGGCACAGCAAGAGGCACAGCAAGAGGCACAGCAAGAGGCACAGCAAGAGGCACAGCAAGAGGCACAGCAAGAGGCACAGCAAGAGGCACAGCAAGAGGCACAGCAAGAGGCACAGCAAGAGGCACAGCAAGAGGCACAGCAAGAGGCACAGCAAGAGGCACAGCAAGAGGCACAGCAAGAGGCACAGCAAGAGGCACAGCAAGAGGCACAGCAAGAGGCACAGCAAGAGGCACAGCAAGAGGCACAGCAAGAGGCACAGCAAGAGGCACAGCAAGAGGCACAGCAAGAGGCACAGCAAGAGGCACAGCAAGAGGCACAGCAAGAGGCACAGCAAGAGGCACAGCAAGAGGCACAGCAAGAGGCACAGCAAGAGGCACAGCAAGAGGCACAGCAAGAGGCACAGCAAGAGGCACAGCAAGAGGCACAGCAAGAGGCACAGCAAGAGGCACAGCAAGAGGCACAGCAAGAGGCACAGCAAGAGGCACAGCAAGAGGCACAGCAAGAGGCACAGCAAGAGGCACAGCAAGAGGCACAGCAAGAGGCACAGCAAGAGGCACAGCAAGAGGCACAGCAAGAGGCACAGCAAGAGGCACAGCAAGAGGCACAGCAAGAGGCACAGCAAGAGGCACAGCAAGAGGCACAGCAAGAGGCACAGCAAGAGGCACAGCAAGAGGCACAGCAAGAGGCACAGCAAGAGGCACAGCAAGAGGCACAGCAAGAGGCACAGCAAGAGGCACAGCAAGAGGCACAGCAAGAGGCACAGCAAGAGGCACAGCAAGAGGCACAGCAAGAGGCACAGCAAGAGGCACAGCAAGAGGCACAGCAAGAGGCACAGCAAGAGGCACAGCAAGAGGCACAGCAAGAGGCACAGCAAGAGGCACAGCAAGAGGCACAGCAAGAGGCACAGCAAGAGGCACAGCAAGAGGCACAGCAAGAGGCACAGCAAGAGGCACAGCAAGAGGCACAGCAAGAGGCACAGCAAGAGGCACAGCAAGAGGCACAGCAAGAGGCACAGCAAGAGGCACAGCAAGAGGCACAGCAAGAGGCACAGCAAGAGGCACAGCAAGAGGCACAGCAAGAGGCACAGCAAGAGGCACAGCAAGAGGCACAGCAAGAGGCACAGCAAGAGGCACAGCAAGAGGCACAGCAAGAGGCACAGCAAGAGGCACAGCAAGAGGCACAGCAAGAGGCACAGCAAGAGGCACAGCAAGAGGCACAGCAAGAGGCACAGCAAGAGGCACAGCAAGAGGCACAGCAAGAGGCACAGCAAGAGGCACAGCAAGAGGCACAGCAAGAGGCACAGCAAGAGGCACAGCAAGAGGCACAGCAAGAGGCACAGCAAGAGGCACAGCAAGAGGCACAGCAAGAGGCACAGCAAGAGGCACAGCAAGAGGCACAGCAAGAGGCACAGCAAGAGGCACAGCAAGAGGCACAGCAAGAGGCACAGCAAGAGGCACAGCAAGAGGCACAGCAAGAGGCACAGCAAGAGGCACAGCAAGAGGCACAGCAAGAGGCACAGCAAGAGGCACAGCAAGAGGCACAGCAAGAGGCACAGCAAGAGGCACAGCAAGAGGCACAGCAAGAGGCACAGCAAGAGGCACAGCAAGAGGCACAGCAAGAGGCACAGCAAGAGGCACAGCAAGAGGCACAGCAAGAGGCACAGCAAGAGGCACAGCAAGAGGCACAGCAAGAGGCACAGCAAGAGGCACAGCAAGAGGCACAGCAAGAGGCACAGCAAGAGGCACAGCAAGAGGCACAGCAAGAGGCACAGCAAGAGGCACAGCAAGAGGCACAGCAAGAGGCACAGCAAGAGGCACAGCAAGAGGCACAGCAAGAGGCACAGCAAGAGGCACAGCAAGAGGCACAGCAAGAGGCACAGCAAGAGGCACAGCAAGAGGCACAGCAAGAGGCACAGCAAGAGGCACAGCAAGAGGCACAGCAAGAGGCACAGCAAGAGGCACAGCAAGAGGCACAGCAAGAGGCACAGCAAGAGGCACAGCAAGAGGCACAGCAAGAGGCACAGCAAGAGGCACAGCAAGAGGCACAGCAAGAGGCACAGCAAGAGGCACAGCAAGAGGCACAGCAAGAGGCACAGCAAGAGGCACAGCAAGAGGCACAGCAAGAGGCACAGCAAGAGGCACAGCAAGAGGCACAGCAAGAGGCACAGCAAGAGGCACAGCAAGAGGCACAGCAAGAGGCACAGCAAGAGGCACAGCAAGAGGCACAGCAAGAGGCACAGCAAGAGGCACAGCAAGAGGCACAGCAAGAGGCACAGCAAGAGGCACAGCAAGAGGCACAGCAAGAGGCACAGCAAGAGGCACAGCAAGAGGCACAGCAAGAGGCACAGCAAGAGGCACAGCAAGAGGCACAGCAAGAGGCACAGCAAGAGGCACAGCAAGAGGCACAGCAAGAGGCACAGCAAGAGGCACAGCAAGAGGCACAGCAAGAGGCACAGCAAGAGGCACAGCAAGAGGCACAGCAAGAGGCACAGCAAGAGGCACAGCAAGAGGCACUACGGAGCUGCGGCAGGCUGUGGGGGUGUAUGAGGAGAUGGGGAUGGCGGAGCACUUUCUCGCACUACAGGACUGCCUCUACCGCACCUCCCUCUCACGUCUCCUCCGCCCUUUCUCCCCCUCCCAUCCACCCUUUUGUUUUCCAAGCCGUUCCCCCUCCCUUCCUCCCUUUUGUUUUCCAAGUCGUUCGUUUCCCUUCCGCCCUUUCGCCCCCCUCCCCCUUCUCCCCCCCCCAACCACAGAUCCUCGCCCUGCAGGACUGUCUCUACCGCACCGCCCUCUCCUCCGCCUGGACUCUCCCCCUAGACCUCGACGAGUACCUCUCCGCCUCGCCCCCCGUUUCCUUCCCCGCACUAAUUCAGUUCCCCACAUUUCCUCCCAACCCCACUCCAGAUCCUCGCCCUGCAGGACUGUCUCUACUGCACCUCCCUCUCCUCCGCCUGGACUCUCCCCCUAGACCUCGACGAAUACCUCUCCGCCUCGCCCCCCGCCACGCUCCCCUUUUGCGGUGGAGCACGGAGGUCUGCCUGGGGGAGGCUGAUGUGGUGAAGGUGGAGAGGGAAGGAAUUGGGGGGGUUGCAGGAGAGGCAGAUGCAGCUGGUGGUGAUGGGGAUGGCAGGGGCAACAGCAGCAGCGCUGCUGCUGUGUUUGCGGUUGAGAGGGCCGUGUUUAGAGAGGCGGCUCCUGUGUGUAAUGCUGAUGCGGCAGGGGGGGCGGCAGAGAGUACGAGGAGGGGUGGAUGCAGCAUUGUGCGAGGGCGAUGCGGGGACCCGCCGAGUCAUUGUCAACCCGCGAAAGAACUUGCCUCUUUCUGUUCCCGUGUCCCCUGUUAUCGCCAGGUGUCCCUGCUUUCACUGCACCACCCCAUACCCCCCAAGGGCGGUGCUACUUUGGACGCCAACGCACAGGCGCGAGUGAACCGCUUCUCGGGUCUCUCAAGCGCCAAGCAGGCGGGGCGGCUGUGCAGCAGCGAGGUGCCGCAGACAGGCGACGCUGCUGCCGCUGCUGCUGGCGCUGCUGCUGGUGGUGAUACAAUAUUCAGUGGGGCCAACACUCGCCUCUUUCCUCUCCCCAUCUCCGCCCUUCUCCUCCAGGUGUCCCUGCUCUCACUGCACCACGCCAUACCCAUCAAGGGCAGCACCCCCCUCAACGCCAACUCCCAGGCGCGGAUCAACCGCUUCCCGGGUCUCUCAAGUCUCAAGCAGGCGGGGCGGCUGUGCAGCAGCGAGGUGCCGCAGACAGGCGACGCUGCUGUCGCCGCUGUGGAUGCUGCUGCUGCCGGUGCCCCCAGGGGGUCCGUGGAGAGCCUAGAGGUGGCCGAAGGGGCGAGGCUGGCCAGAGAAUGCCCCAUUGAGAAGAAUAGGGAGUGUGCCGUUUCCUUCUCGCCGUGA